AUGCGCCCGUUGACCGAUGAAGAAACCGAAAAGGUUUUCACAAAACUCGCUUCGUUCAUCGGAGACAAUGUCUCCAUGCUGAUCGACAGAAGCGACGCCGACUACUGCUUCAGAAAUCACAAGGUUCCCAAUUACUCUAUUGUUCUCCGGGAUGUUCGAAUCUUGAGGAGCGCGUGUACUAUGCCUCUGAAAACUUGAUGCGACAAGCGGCAUGCAUCGCGAGAGAACCUCUUCUUUCCUUCGGCACAUGUAUCGGCAAAUUCACCAAAACCAAGAAAUUCCAUCUUCACAUCACCGCUCUUGAUUAUUUGGCCCCCUAUGCAAAGGUUCAGUUUUAAAUUUUUCAAAUAUAUUAAAAAUCAAGAUAAAAAAUAUCCUUGGUUUUGGUUUUUUUUUUUCGAUCCAAAGGCAUUUAAAUGGGACGAGUUAAAUUUCUAACGCCGAGUUUAAAGUAAAUUCCGUAAAAUGCAACAUUACCUUGGACUCUCCAAAUCUAGUUAUCUUUUUUCUGACGGCUAUUUUGCAUUAGCGGGAUCACUUUGAACACGUCAUAAACGGGGUUGGAAAAAUGAGAUCAGAAAAUUGAAAAAGUGUCAUUGUGAUUUUUCCGUUAUACUCUAGUUUUUGUAAAUUAGUUUCCUUUGAAAAUAAAAAAAAUAAAAAAGCAAAACGAUUUCGAAGUUUCCGACUUUUUGUGAAUAAAUUCAAAAAAAUUUGUUAUAGUUUUACACAUGAAACUUUUCAGUACCGAGUUUGGCUGAAGCCGAACGCAGAGCAGCAGUUUUUGUAUGGAAAUAACGUUCUGAAGUCUGGAGUCGCGAGAAUGACUGAAGGCACUCCUACGCACUCCGGAAUCGUGGUUCUGUCAAUGAGUGACGUCCCUAUAGGGUUUACUUUUACAAACAUUUUCAAAAUCGAGAUUUUGAGGACAAUCACAAAGAAUGUGUUUGCGAAAUCUUCGGAGACAUCCUGUUUUCCUUCCUAACGUUUACUCGUUUUACAGGUUUGGUGUCGCCGCAAAAGGAACUAUGGACAGCAAAAGAGCGGAUCCCACAGCGAUAAUUGUGCUUCACCAAUGCGACCUAGGUGAAUAUCUCCGAAACGAGAGUACUUUAUAA